CUUGUCGCAACCAGUGUGUAGUAUGUUCGUUCAUUAAGCCUUUAGUAUUUUCUGCUUCCUUAAAUUAAGCAUAUGUUCACGUCAAUGUGUUUUAAAUGCAAAUGAAAUUCAUCACCAGCGAAACACCGCCCCAUAUAGGUUGGCUUCCUUAUGAAUAGUUAAAUUUGCAAAAUACGAAAUCGUAUCAACUUGCGAGUACACUAGACAAUUGAUGACGUGAUCACCAUAAAUGCGCUUUGAAAUUGCAGAUAGAAUACAGUUUUUUUAUGAAGCCGAUAAGAGUGUUUUCGUCGAGACCGUCGUCGUGUAUAAAAAUUCAUUUUGGGUGUUGGAGUUCCACGUUGUACUUAUUACUCGAUAAGCACAUCGCUGAGAGAUCGAGACAACAUAAUACGAUUCUGUUUACUAUGAUGAUCAAAUCAAUAAUCGUAGCAUCGUGCCUUGUGGCAAUUGUUAGCUGCACCGGACUCAAAGUAGAUGUAGAAAGUGUACCCGAAGGAUGCACAAAUAAAUCGAAGAAUGGCGACAUGCUUACAAUGCAUUAUACAGGAACACUAACGGACGGAACGAAAUUCGAUUCAAGUUUAGAUAGAGAUCAACCGUUCACAUUCCAAAUUGGUUCUGGUCAAGUAAUUAAAGGAUGGGACCAAGGUCUACUCGACAUGUGUGUUGGCGAAAAGCGAAAACUUACAAUUCCACCAGAGCUUGGUUAUGGAGACCGAGGAGCCGGUAACGUAAUUCCAGCUGGUGCGACUCUUAUUUUCGAAGUUGAAUUGAUAAAUAUUGGCGAAACUGCACCAACUACAAAUGUAUUUAAGGAAAUUGAUGAUAACAAGGACAACCAACUUAGCCGCGAAGAGGUAAUCGCAUAUGUCAGUGAAUAUUUGAAGAAACAAAUGGUUGCUGUUGAGGGUCAAGAGUCUGAAGAUGUGCAAAAUAUGCUCAAAGAAAACGAUAAAUUGGUUGAGGAAAUUUUCCAACACGAAGACAAGGACAAAAACGGUUACAUUUCCCAUGACGAAUUUUCCGGCCCCAAACACGACGAAUUGUAAUGGAAAUUGUUAAGAUUUUAGUUAUUGUUAGGUUUUCAGAGGUUUCUUUUUUUCUGUUAUGAGAAGAUUAGUUUAUUGAAUAAUAAUUUAUCGUUUUUGGUUACCCCCCUUUGUUCGGUAGAGGAAGUUGUUUUUAUUUAAAAUUUAGAGAAGAAAAACUUAACUUUUUUUUGUAUUUGUAUAAAUAAAAGAACUGAA